UGUAUUUGUUGAGCGCUCUAGUUGACCUAUCACAGGUCAGUCAGUACGACUGGGGUGGCGCCGGCUUGGCUACCCUUUACUGUUACAUGAGCGCGACCUCCCGCGGGCAGGGAGACUUACUUGGCGGUUACUGGAGAGCCUGGGAGUUAUGGGUCUACGUAUACUUCCCGACGUUAGCCCCAGAGUUGGAGGUGGCAGGGCCCCUCAUGACCCCGUACUCGCUGGUGUUCGAGGGCCAGCACCGGCCGAGACCUCGAGAGACUCUCCUUUAUCUACGGCAGUACUUUGACACUGUGCGGCCAUCGGAGAUCACAUGGCAGCCCUGGGCACCCUUGGGUGAUGGUCUCCGAUUUCAGUAUGCCGGAGGAUCGGGUACCUCCCAGUACAGGCUCCUGCUCGAAGGACCGGUUGGUAGAGCAUGGUUUCUGGGGGAACGCUUUUUACGUUAG